CGCCGGGCCCCCCGCCCUCCCCGCGCGCCGCCUCCAGCGCGAGUGACAAUGCGCCUCCGGGCUCGGGGGCGGCGGCGCCGAGCAAUCCGGGCGGGCCGGCCUCGCCGGUGACAUCACUCGCGAGGAUACUCCUGCUCUCGGCGCCGCCUUCGCCAAGCGGCCGUCCGUCCGUCCGUGCACUGCCGUCCGCUGCCGGAGCGGGUCCUCGCCGGCCGGGACAGAGCCGGGCACCGCGGAGCGACAGGAUCCGAGGAGCAGGGAGAGCGGAGACAGCGAGGGAGGGAGGACCCGCGCGGACGACAGCAUGAAAUUGAGCCCCGCGCGCUACUUGCUGUCCCUCCUGCCGGCGCUGGUCCUCAGCACCAGAUGAUACUAUAGAUUGAAGGUUCUCCAGGCUCCUAUUUCCUCUGUGCCUUAAUCUUUGCUCACCAUAAGGCUGAUGUAUAGGAUGAAGGAAAGACAAGAAUCACAAUAAAGACACAACAGGACCAUGAAGAGCUAGAAAAGCAGCUGAAAGAAGUCUUUAAGGAGCGAAGCACCAUCCUCCGACAGUUUACAAAGACAUCAAGAGAACUUGAUGGAAUUAAAAUCAACCUUAAGACUUUGAGAAAUGAUGAAAAAUCGGCCAAAACAGAUGUUCAGAAGCUUCUGGAAAUAGGUCAGAAACAAAGAGAACAAAUGAAGUCUCUCCAGGAGGUCCUGCAAAAUCAACUUAAAGAAACAUCUGAGAAAGCAGAAAAACAGCAGGCUACUAUUAAUUUUUUAAAGACUGAAGUGGAAAGAAAGAGCAAAUUGAUCCGAGAUCUCCAGAAUGAGAAUAAAAGCUUGAAAACCAAACUCUUGUCAGGAAACAAGCUAUGUGGCCUCCAUGCAGAAGAGUCAAAAAAAAUUCAAGCCCAGCUGAAGGAGCUUCGUUAUGGGAAGAAGGACUUAUUAUUUAAGGCCCAACAGCUUACUGAUCUGGAGCAAAAAUUAGCUGUGGCCAAAAAUCAGUUGGAGAAAGCGGCUCUUGACAGGGAAUCGCAGCUGAAAGCAAUGGAGACUGUACAACUCUGCCUGUCAACUGUUUUCCGUGAUCAGUCUCACCCUUUUAGUCUACUGAGGCCAACUCCAACUCAGAUGUCAACUCGGCCCAGGACAAUCGAUUCUGUGACUCCAGAAGUAAGGACAAAAAACAAGCCUCAACAGAAGAUUCCUGUAAGCAAUGAGAGCUCUGAAGCUGAGACAAAAAAGGAAGAAUAUCUGAGUACUCCUGAGUGCAAUUCUCAAAACCUUUCACAGGAGGGAAAUAUCUGUUCAAUGAAGCACACAGAAAAUCCCCCAAGAGGUGAUACUAUAAAAGCGGAGCCUGACCCGCAGAAAUUGCAAAUGCCUCCUUGUCCUGAAUGUGAGGUGAAAAAAAAUCCUGAAAAACAAUUGACCAGCUUUGGAGGGAGGGCAAUGAGAGAAGAAAAAAUACUGUAAAUACCAAGAAACUGUGUUAAAAACAUCCAUUUCCUAUUAUGUUCAUACUCUUUUUUGACCACAGGCUUAAUGGACAUACUAAGUUUUUAAAGCAUGCAAAUUUUUCAUGGUUUUAUGUAAUUUUAUAAAGUAACCUACAUAUUUUCCAAAAGAUUACAGGCCAAUUAUGAUCCUUAAGCAAUAACCUAAUUAAAAUGGAUAUCCGCAGUCAUAGACAGUCAUUCUCAUCAGUAAAUUGCCCAUUAUAAAUUGGUCUGUUUGAACUCAAAUGAAAUAUAUAAUAUUUAAUUCCUCUUUUCCCUUUGGGUGUCUAGUACUUUUAUGAUCUAAUUUUUUAAUCAACCUGAGGAUUAUAAAAUGUUGUAGAUCCUCAGCAUUCUUAGAUUCUAAAUUGCAACUGCAUCAUAAAGAUUUUGGUCCACACUAGCCAGUUGGAUCACUUUUCCAAGGUUGGAAUCUGUGCUGACCUAAGCACAUUGUUUAUUUGAGGGUGUUCAUUGCUAUUCUUUUUAUUUUAAACCAUGUCUAAAUGUUGAGACAAUUGUGUGAGGGAUUUAGUCAGUUAGCAAUUGAUUAAAUAUGUUCUGUAUUGAAUAUCUGAAUGCAUGACUAAAUUUCUGACAUGAUUGAUUAGAUUUUUUUGCCUUCUGUAGAUAACAUCCCUAUGGUUGUCUGCUGGAAUUAUUUCAAGUUAGGAAACAGUUGUUUGAAAUGCCCAGCAUUAUUUUUAGUAUGAUAUUGGGUAGUAGAAUGUGGGAUGGGAAAAGGGUUCCAAAAUAUAAAUAUGUAAGCUGAUAAUAUACAUUUUAAAAAUGGGGAUUUGAUUAAAGUAAAACAGCCAUGUUGAACCAACGAACCCAGAUUUCUAUAUUUUGAAAACAAAUGUGUCUUACAACAGAUCAGUGGCUGUGAUAGUGUUUGAAGUUGGGGCUCUGUGUAAGAAUAGCACUGAUCAAAUAAAUGUACCCCUAAAUAAUCUAAAUGUAGUUUACAAGCAAGAGGAAUUGACAUUUGGAUAAUUAUCUCAUUGAUAAGAUCAAUGAAGCAUCAAGAUUACAGACUCAAAUUAAUGGGUUAAAUGAUCCAGUUAGACUAUCUGCAUCAAAUAUAUUCACUUGUACUGUUUAGACCUAUUUGCAAAUGCAUAAUCCAUAUAAAACCAUUGUUUUUAUAGAAAGGAUCUAUGAACUCAAAAUUAAUACAUUUGAAACACUGUAUCCUGGCAGGCUGUGUUAGAAGAUAGUUAAUAAUAAAAAUAAUAAUAGAAUAAAAUGAAAUCUGUAAUCAAUAGAUUAACUUAAAUUCAGAGAAAAAAUGGUACACCUUUGAUCACAAUGACAUAUUGAAAUAAUUGUGGUAAUUGGAGAAGUAGCAAACUAUCAUUAAUAGUAAACGUAAUAUUGUGAUAUAUUCAUGUAACAAUGUGCUUGCAGAAUAAUUCAGUGUCAUUUGUCAUUUUUUUUUUUAGGAUUGCAGUUUACCUAAGAAAGAAAGAGAGUUAGUUUUAUAGUUCAUUCAUAGGGUUUUCAGAUGAAGUGACCAGGAUAGAAGGAAAGAUCAAGGUCUGAAGUCCCUGCUGACUCCUUUUCAGUUCUAGAACUCAUUUCAUCCUUAUGAGAUAGAGUAUUGCUAGUUCCCAAUGGCUGUUUCUUACAAUUUCUCCACUACAACCAGAAACCCUAACCAUCUCCAAAGGUUUCUGAAAGGGAAGCAGAUAAUUUAGUUUUAAUUUAGGUUCACUCUCCCACCCCAUCCCCAUGCCCCAUGCCCCAACUUCCUUCCUAGAGUCGCUGGAUCCUAUAAGUUAAUCACCAUUUCACUUUAGCAUGGUAAGUUUUGAGACACCUUUGGAAUGAAUAAAAAGAGAAUCAGGCUGACAUUUUCUGAAAUUUUUAUAGGGUAACAUUAUAAGAUGAGAAUUUGGCUUAAUACUAAUAAAAUCUGAAGAGCUUCAUUUGUAAAUUAUUUUUCUAUGCUCCAAAUCCCUAUUCAUAUAUGUGCCAAUGUAAUCAAUUUGCUUCUCUUAAUUACUGGUAUGAUCAAGUGGGCUUUGAAUGAGUAUAAUGUAUAUAUUUUUUUCUUGAAUGAUAGAAAGCAUUAUGCAUCUUGUAGAAUUUACUGUGGUGUACUCACUGCAUUAUUUGUUUCAAAACAAAAAGAUUUUAUAGCAGAAGUGCUUUAUAAAUAAAUUUAAGAAAUAUUCUGGGAGUUCCUUUUAGUAGCUAAGCACAGAAUUCUUUUUUCUUUUUUUUAGUAUGUUCUGUGACUCUAAUGAAUGCAUUUUAUUUCCUCUCCAUCUUUUAAUUGUUUUAAAAUAGUACCAGUGAGUUUUAAAAUGCUUUACUUAUAUGUGUGGCUUUUGUCCAUAAAAGAGAUGCCAUUCCUUAUUAUAUCUUUAUUAACAGCUAUAUAAAUAGAUGUUGUUUUUGAGGAUUUAACAUUCAUAGCCUAAGUACCCUCAUGUGGAAGAAACUGUUAACCUAAAUGUUGAAUAUAGUUAGUAUAGUUAUAUUAUAUACCUCUAUGUAAUGGAAGCAGUGAAAGAUUACUUAAGUUUUGCUGAAUAUGAAUUGAUUCCUACUGAAAAACAAACAUAAUUUCCAAUGGAAUAACUUGUUUCCACAUAGGUAUAACAAAGCUAACAAAAAAAAUUAUUUCUCUCUAGUUAAUUUAAAAUAUUAAAGCUUUAUGUUCAACCCAAGUUAGGAAUUUGUUUUGGACUUUGUGUUUCCCUUUAUACACAGUAACUAUGCAAAUUGAACCGAUGCCUAAAAUCUGUAAGACCUAAAUGAAUACUGACUCUAUCCAUCCAGGGUCAACCUGCUCAGAAGAAAAGUGAAUAAUUCAGCGACUCAUCUAGAUAUGGUUUUCUGUGUGAUCUCAAAUCUCUGAAUACUGAAUAUACUAGAUCACUAAUUUUUUUCAUUCUUUAAGCAGGUAGUUAGUUUUGCAGUGCUAUUAUAGACACAGUUCUGUUUCAUAAAAAUAUACUGGAUUACAAGUCUAAAACAGUUAUAUGUGAUGGCAACAUUCACUCUUUUAGAUUGCAAUGUAGUAUCUGGAUUAAAACAAUAUUUGAAUUUUGCUAUAAUGGAACCUAUUAUUUUUAUAGCUCAGGUACUAUAAUUAACACUAAUUGCAGCAAAGUCUGAUAUAAUUAUUGGCAUUGUAGAGUGAGCUGGCCAGACCUAGAGAGUAAUGAAAACAUAUACUUGUUUACAUAGGGAACAUUUUUUAGUCAUAUGUUCAGUCUUAAAUAUCCCCAAGUACUUGUUCAUCUGGAUUAUGUUACAUAAUAUGAAUGGUCAAGUGAUGAAGAAUAAAAGGUACUAAAAGAUGGCCUAUUUUUGCUCAAUAAAGAUUUGUUAUUAAGACUACAAUGUAUAAAUUAUCCUACAUAAACUGAAAAACAACGCAUAUUAACAUUAAAAAUAGUACUUGCUUCUGUGUGUCAAGAGCUAAGAACUUUGUGGAAUUAUCAUCCUAGAGGUUUCUUCAAUCUCUCUUUCCAAUGUCAUAGAAACCUUUUAUUUUGAGUGUUUUUUUUUAAUAGAGUUCCAUGAUGGCAGACAUUUUUGUCUUUUUGUUUGUAAAUGAGUCUCAGGUGCUUAGAAUUAGCUGCCUCAUAAAGGUGCUUAAAUAUUUGUUGGAUGAAUUCAUUCAGAACCAGAGCAGCAAGGAAAGAAGUAAAGGAGGUCACAAAAAGCAUAUUCCAGUGUGACAGCAGAGACUCACAAGACAGUCUUUUAGGGAGAGAAAAUAAAAACCUUGUUUUAAUUUUGUUUUGUUUUGUUUCCUUUGCUUUUUUUCUUUGGAAGCCAGAUUGGUGGGCCUGUGGCUGGGACUUUAAGCAGAAUAAAUAUGGCACUCCAGAGUGAAUUUUGGAAUGCUGCUCGAUGUAGUAGACACAAUUUACAUGGCACAUGUGUGUGUUUUGAAAACAGCUUUGACAUUCAUGUGGACAAUACAGGUCACUUAAUUGCUUUUAGUAUUAGCUUCUAGCAUCUUGGUUAGAGUAGUUGAACUUAAUUUUGGAGAUUGUCUUCUUCAUUCUACUGAACCCUAGUCCUUUAGCAGACAUAACUGAAAGGCUGCUGAGGAAGUAAAUGAACAUCUAGGAGGUGGGAUUCUGGACUCCAUAAACCAUCACCUUCAGCUAGAACAAUCUGUUCUUUUAUAUAAUGUCUUCGCUGGGCUUAGACAUUCUACAUAUACUUUUAAUGGAGAAAGGGCAUCCAAGUCUAAAGUGAUUAGAAAAUCGCUAAGAUAAUAUCUAUGAACCCUUCUUCCCAUUUGUUCAAGGUCCAUUUAAUAAAUAUUUGAGAUUCUAAAACGUGCCUGCCAUUCUACUUUUUGUUGAGGAUCCAAUAGUAAGCAAAAGUAGUAGGUAUGAAUACUAUUAUUGUUCUUAAUGUGCACUACCCACUGUUUUAGAUUUAAAAACAAAUUACUAGUUAAAUAUUCAAAGGAUUAUUUGAGGCUGAUAUUAUAAGAAUAAUAAGCUAUUCUUAUUUCACAGAUGGGAAAAUUGAGUAGAAAAUAUUAACUGAAUUGACCAAGAUCACACAGCUAGUCAGAAGAGGAGGGAUACAGAGCUGGCAAUGAGUUGGGGCAGUCCAUGUGCUUCGCCACUUCACCACACUGCCUAUCCUGUGAAGGCCAGAGUCCUGCCUUCCUGAAGCUUACAGUUUAGAGGAAGAGACAACCAUUGAUGAAGGAUACAGAUAAAUGCAUGGCUGCUACAAAGAGAAACCAGGGUUCACUUUACAGCAUACCAUAUGGCAGGGGAGCCACAAGAAUGUAUCUUGGCUGUGUGACAUCUUCACUGAGAAAAUGAUAAGAAACUAAGAUUAAUGAAUAUGUAGUAUUUUGCAUGGGUACACAAAACUUCAAAAAUAAAUUUUUAUAGUGUUCUCAGAUACAAGAUAACAAUGUAUGGAAGUGAACACUCAUAUUCAAACAAAUAGACAGUUGUGAAUUAGUGUUCAAAAAACAAAAUCACCAUAUGGAAAAAUUGCCAACACUUUCUCUUCUUUGAAAGCUAGGAUAUCUGACUGUCUUAGGUAUAGAUGACAAUGAAAUGUAAGUUUCUUCCAUAGAAACCUUCCAAAUAGGUUUCUUCUGUUUCCUUUCAUAAAAAUAGAAAUUAUAAUUUUCAGGCUGAUACUUAUGGUAUUCUCUCUCUCUCAGAAAAGCCACAGAUUUGAUAUCAUAAUGACUGACAAAAAUGUCUGUGUAGUACUUCAAUCGUGACAUUUCAGCAUUUUCCUCAGAAAUAAAGUAGAUGUGGUGUGUAUAUGUUCUGCUUUUCUCCUGUACUUAGUACCCCUACUCCUAAAUUCCUCAAUUCCUUUGAAAGCACCAUUUCACUUCAUGUCAUGUAGACACAGUGGCAUCUCAGGAGGGUCAUGUAAUGCAAUAAUUUGUUCCUAGAAAAUUAGGCACUAUCUGAGGCUCCUGGAACAAACAGUUGACCUUUGUACCUGAUCUACUGCUGAAUGAGCGGACUUCCAUGGACAAUGUCUUUACCAAGAUUGAGAAGAAGAGAGAGCAACCUGUACUGUUUCUUGUCCUUUUUCUGACUCUGGCUUAUGUUUACCACUUUUUUCAAUAAAACACUUCCCAUUAAAAUCAAUCAGGAGACAGAUAUUCAGCAGAUGGUCCCAGCUCAAAUUUAGAAGAUGCAACAAAGUUGGGCAGAGGAUGAACACCUCUGAUAAGUUCCUGUUUAAUUAGCAGCACAUUCAAAGUGACAGGUUGGUGCUUCUUCCCCUGCAAAUUUCAGUUUGGCUCCUUUAGAUGUCUUCAACCUUGUUCCCCUAACUGAAAGAUUGUUUAGGCAGGAAAACCCGAAAGCUUCUCCUUAUGCCUUUCCUUGGAAUAAUGUGUUAAUUAUGUAAAGUAUAGUUUCCAUUUGGCAGAGAGACGGUAUCUUGAAAUGGUCAUGUUUCCAACAUGAGUAAAAUGUACUGACACUUUGUUUAGGAAAACACUGAGAGUGACUGCACCAGGUGAUUCUGACACAUAGAAGAGGAGUAGUACAGUAUGUGUAAGGGGUAGGGACAAUAUGGGUAAGAGGAAUAGAUAAAGAGAACAGGUUAUGAAGAGCACAAUUUAAACUGACUCUUUUAAUCCC